AAAGCCAACUAGCAGUCCAUCAUGAUUAUAUAGUCAAAGGUACGUACACGUGCGCGGCACACGGGGCUAUGCGCUCAUUUAAAAAUGGCGCUCUUUAGCCGUGCCAGUUUGAAUGCCUUUUCGUGGUUAAAUCGUUGUUAUUGCAAAAAGUUCAUGUUAGGCACGAGUAGAUUAAGGUCACGCAGUCACGUCUCGGUGUUGUCAACCAACGUACAACACAGGGACAAUAAGCAAAGUGGAGAAACGACGCUCGAGACAGAAAUCACCAGGAGAAGAAGUCAGGCAUGUCGAAGCUUAUUGAUACAAGUACACUCGUCGAAAUCGCACAACGAUCUUUACAACUAUUGCUCGCAGUUUGGACGCAUCUUGAGUAUGCAUCACUACCAAAUAAAUAAUCGGCAUAACUAUAUCUUAAUCGAGUUUCAAGAUGUAAGGGCGAUAAAUGAAGCUAUGUCGUUUGCUUCCUUUGCAAACGAGGACCUCGCUGCUCCCGUGAAAUCGUCGGUAUUGUGGUUCCGUAAAGGACAAGGUGUCGCUCAACAGAGAAAUAACCAGAAGAGGGUAUCCCUGUCUGUAGACCAUGGUUGUUCGUUGCCCAGCGACCGGGAGAUCGCAAAGCUGUUAUGUAACGCGAAAUCGACAUCGGCGCAGAUGAUAGUCCUCUAUGAGGCACUGAAACUGACGGACCUGGAAGUAAGACUGAGAUUUCACACCGCUCACCACUUGGAGCAAUACUUCUCUAGGCUGUUUCAGAACAUGAAAGUUCUGCCGUUCGGCUCCUCCAUAAAUGGUUUCGGGAGGAAAAGGUGUGACCUUGAUUUAGUUCUUGUUCCCGAUAACAGUGAAGAACGCAAAGCGGCGAGUAGAUUGGUAUUUCACUCCAAGUCUAUGGAGUAUAAAGAUAGGAACGAGACGAAGCAGUUUUUGGCGAUACUCGCCAACACCAUGCAGUACUUCAUCCCCGGAGUUCUCAAUGUAAGGAAGAUUCUGGAGGCUCGAGUGCCUAUAAUUAAAUUCCACUACGACUACACGCACACUGAAUGUGACUUAAGUGCGACAAACAUGACCGCCAUAUAUAUGACCGAAUUAUUAAAUUUGUACGGCGAGAUAGAUUGGCGGGUGAGGCCGCUCGUUAUAGCAAUACGGGUAUGGGCCAAGUGUCAGAAUAUAACGUCCGACGCACCAGGGCAAUGGAUAACGAACUUCCCUCUUACGUUGCUGGUGCUGUUCUACUUGCAACAGAAAAAGAUAUUGCCGUCCUUGAAAACGUUAAAGAUGCAUGCCACGCGCACCGACAUUCGUUGCACGAACAACGGCAUCGAUUGCACCUUCCUGCGGGAUAUUAACAAAUUGCCAAUCGAUUACAAGUACAAGCCGAAUCAGGACAGUCUGGAGACGCUUCUGCACGGUUUCUUCGAGUAUUACUCGACGUUCGACUUUCAGACGAAAGGGAUAUGCAUCCGCGAGGGUGUGGAGAUACGAAAACCGUCGCGCUCGCCGCUCCACAUCACCAAUCCCUUGGAAACGACGUUGAACGUCUGCAAAAAUGUGACCCCCCACGAGGUGAAUCAUAUAAUUACCAAAUCGCACGACGCGAUCUACACACUGGAGACUGCCGACAAAUCCAAUAGCAUCAACUGGGGUAUCAUGGCCUUGUUGAAAAUACAUAAUGAUACGAUAAACCUGAACAAAUUGAACGGCAUGGAAGAAAAAGCCAUGAAAGAAUACUCGGAGAAUCAUUCCUACGGAGUUUCUGACAAGCUCGAAGUUAACGAGGACAAUAUCGACGAAGCAAAAACGCAGAAGACGGAAACAGUAUGAUACCCGAGCGAGUAGCAAAUAUAUGUACACUUUCAUCUCUGCAGAAAUACAUACGCCGUGUAUAUUUCUGCGCGAAACCCUUUCCGUUUCAUAUCAAUGAUUUGGUAUAAAAUGACAGUGUAGAAUGAAACGGAGUUUUUCUAUAGCGGAGGUGCCAGAAAGCUCAGAGAUGUUUUACUUGAAGAAGAAGAGAAACAAACGACAGAGAGAAACUUUUAUUGCGGUCGAUCGUGUACUGUACUAUAAUAUGUGAAAACAGAAGGGAAAUGUACAUAAAAUCGACGACUUAAAUCAAUUAAUAUUAGCCUUAAAUAAAUACGUGUAAAGUA